CAGCGGCGGACGGAGGAGGGUUUUGCCGUGCGGGGUGAUAGCUGCUCUCUUAUGGACUCGAAGCUUAAUGAUGUAUUUUGUGAUUUCAGCUAUGAAAGCUCAAAUCGAAAUAAUUCCCUGCAAGAUCUGUGGAGACAAAUCAUCAGGCAUCCAUUACGGUGUGAUAACAUGUGAAGGCUGUAAGGGCUUCUUCAGGAGGAGUCAGCAGAGCAAUGCGGCCUACUCCUGCCCCCGCCAGAAGAACUGCCUGAUCGACCGCACCAGCCGCAACCGCUGCCAGCACUGCCGGCUGCAGAAGUGCCUGGCGGUGGGCAUGUCACGGGAUGGUGAGUACGCCACAGCCAAGCAGAAUCGGAGAAGUGGUUUUGAUCAUUUUGUUUGUGCGAUACCUAUGUCGCUGUCUUACUAUUGAGGCUUUCACAUUGGCAAAACUGCAGGGACAAGCGGGUGCUACAACAGUUUGGUUAUGUUUGGGUUUACCUCUGUGUUUUGUGUUUAUUUCCUGUCAGCGGUCUUAUUUUAGUUCCAUUUCCUGCAUGUCUCCCUGAGCGCUAGAUGCAUGGCACACCUGGUUGCAGUUGCCAAUUAGGCUACUAU